UUCAUUUCAGUUUACAUUUCUUCUGAUCGUACAAAGAGAAAACCAUGGCAAGAACCAAGCAGACCGCCCGUAAGUCUACCGGAGGCAAAGCCCCCAGGAAGCAGCUGGCCACCAAGGCUGCCCGGAAGAGCGCCCCGGCCACCGGCGGCGUGAAGAAGCCUCACCGUUACAGACCCGGUACCGUGGCUCUGAGGGAGAUCCGUCGCUACCAGAAAUCCACGGAGCUGCUGAUCCGCAAGCUGCCCUUCCAGCGCCUGGUGAGAGAGAUCGCUCAGGACUUCAAGACCGACCUGCGCUUCCAGAGCUCCGCCGUCAUGGCUCUGCAGGAGGCCAGCGAGGCCUACCUGGUCGGCCUGUUCGAGGACACCAACCUGUGCGCCAUCCACGCCAAGAGGGUCACCAUCAUGCCCAAAGACAUCCAGCUGGCCCGGCGCAUCCGCGGAGAGAGAGCUUAAACUGUUUUUUUAAAUUGUGAUCUGCUAUCCUCCUCAUCCCGUCCCCUCUCCCUCCCUU